UGCACAAGUGUACUCAUAAAAAAUAUCAUAUAAAAAUGGCGUCCGAGCCGUUUUACCGCAGUGGAUAACAGAUAGUAAGUCUGACCACUAGAAAGCGAUUAUGAAGUUCUCGGCGGCGCUGCUGCUCGGCUUGCUGAGUGUCGCGCUGACGCUCGCAGAGCCAAAGAGUGGCCGUCGAGUUGUACGUCGGGUGAUAGAGCGUGAUGUACCAGUCACUGAGACUGUAGUCGAGACCCAUGAGAUCCCAGUGGAGACCGUGACUACACAACAGGUUGUCACCGAUCGUCACUUGAAACAAGAAUAUCAGAAAAUUAACAAAACGAAGAUUGAAACGCAGGUCCUCGCGAGCCAAGAAGGAAGCAGCGAGUCCCAAGACUACGAAAGCAGUCAGACCGACUCUUCGUAUCAAGAUGUUUCUACCCAGGAAAGCAGUGAGACGGAGACGACAGAAUCGGAUGGGGAGGUCACACAGUACCAAACCGUAAAAGAUCAACUUGUCAAAAGGAAGAAGAAAACAAGAAAAUUGACUAAGCAGCUUCACCUAAUCGAGGCUGUAUCCGAAGAUGUGCUGCAGUUCUCCGAGGCGCUUAAGAAAGCUUGCGGCGCCAAAGAAGAAGAAGAAACAGCCGCAACACUGUUCGCUUUGACCGGCUCAAGAGAUGAAACCACCGCUAUAGAAUAUAUAAAGAAAGUAACUGGUAUUACUUCUAUCGAGUCAAUUUACGAGUGUAUCAAUCGCAUGAGCGGCAGCAGGUCAUUUGAAGAAAUCAUCCAAUUCAUGGUGUUGUUCCAAGGCUCCUCAGACGCCACCAAUUUCGUCGCUGUAUUGAGGAUGAUAACCAACGAAUCUGAUUGCUUCAAGGCCUUCGAUAUUAUCCAGAUAAUGACUGGACACAAUGAUUUCGAUGGUGUCAUUGAAAUCUUACAAAACAUCACUGGAGAAAAGGAUCUGAAUGGUCUAGCGCACUUCUUCCGCCACAUCGCCAAGACUAAUGGUCUCGAUGGAUUACAACGUUACAUCAAGAAGAUCACCGGAGGAGUUGGUUCCGAAGACUUCCCCGCUGUCUACGAGGCCUUGAGCGUAGAACUUGAUGUGAGGACAACUUUGAAAAUCCUUAUUAACUGCACCAGGACAAAUGAUAUUGGUGAAGCAAUCGUAGUGUUCAUUAAGAUAUUAAAAUGCAAGAGUUUCUCUGAAAGUAUCAGGAUCAUGAAGAUAGCCACCGGGCAAUCUCAACUCAAAUACGCUUUGGAAGAAAUGACUCAAGUCACGCAGACACCAAGUCUUAUAGAGAUAUUGGAAAGCCUCUACCGUUUGACUGGCCGUGACUCCUUGCAGCAAUGCCAGCAAGUUUUCAAGGAAGUCUUCCAGGUUGACACCAUCGUGGAAGUCAUCCAUAAGAUCAACAAGGUGACGAAGCGAAAGGAUGCCAUCACUGUUUUGAACUCGUUGCUCGAGUUAACGAAGACCACCAGGAUCCAAGACGUGUACACAGUACUCAAAAAGAUGGUCAGAAAGCAUUCAUCUCUCAGUUUUCUGGACAUCUUGCAACAGAUCAGGAUUAAAUCAGGAUGUGAAGAUGUCAUCGAAUGCUUCAGGAAACUUCUCAAAUAUACUGGGACCAAGACAAUGCAACAAGGUUGGGAAAUCCUAUCGCGAGUGCUUGAAACCGACGAUGUUCUCGACCUGAUCGCUCUCGUGAAGAAGUUCACCAAAGUGGAUGUGUGCACGUUCAUAGAGGUUAUAAUCAAAAUCACGAACACAACGACCAUCGAAGAGGCCGUGUAUAAACUUGUUAAAAUUACUAAGACAAAACAUAUCAUCCACUGCAUGGAGACGAUCCACGAAGUCCUGCGAAUUGAUGUCGUCUCGUUCUUCAGGCAACUCAUGCUUAUCAAGAAGACGAUAACAAUCGAAGAAAUCGUCACCAUGAUGGAGGAGUUCACAGAAACUACAACUUUCACCGAGGCUGUUAGAGUACUUAAGAUUCGUAAAGUUGACAUCGUGAAGACUAUUACACGACUCAUAAAAGAAAGGGAAGAGAUUGAAUAUGAAGAGUAUUAUGACGAUGAGGACGAUGGCAAAAAGCCUCAUCAUCCUCAUAAACCACAUAAGCCGCAUGGACCACAUAAGCCGCAUGGACCCCAUAAGCCCCACAAACCACAUAAGCCACAUGGACCUCAUAAGCCCCACACACCACAUAAGCCUCACAAACCGAGUGAACCAAAUAAGCCAGGAAAGCCGACUAAACCAGGAAAGCCAGGGAAGCCAGUGAAACCAGGCAAGCCAGGUCAACCAGGAGAGCCAGUGCAUCCAGGAAAGCCUGAGAAACCGCAUAAACCUUGUGGCACACACAAACCACAUCGGCCUGGCCAACCAGGUAAACCUGGUAAACCAGGAAAGCCAGGUCAACCAGGGGAACCAGGAAAGCCAGGCAAACCUGGAAAGCCAGGGAAACCAGGAAAGCCAGGCAAGCCAGGAAAGCCAGGACAGCCAGGCGAGCCAGGGCAGCCAGGGAAACCAGGAAAGCCAGGGCAUCCAGGAAAGCCUGACAAACCGCAUAAGCCUCAUAAACCAGGAACACCAGGCGAACCAGGAAAGCCAGGCAAACCAGGACAGCCAGGGAAACCAGGAAAGCCUGGGAAACCAGGAAAGCCAGGACAACCAGGUGAGCCAGGACGGCCCGGGGAACCGGGAAAGCCAGGUAAACCAGGAAAGCCAUGCCACCCAGGAAAGCCAGAGAAACCGCAUAAGCCACAUAAGCCUCAUAAACCAGGAGGCCCAGGAGAACCAGGAAAGCCAGGCAAACCAGGAAAGCCAGGAAAGCCAGGGAAGCCAGGAAAGCCAGGUGAGCCAGGACAGCCCGGGGAACCAGGAAAGCCAGGUAAACCAGGAAAACCAGGAAAGCCGGGCCAUCCAGGCAAGCCAGAGAAACCACAUAAGCCACAUAAGCCUCAUCAACCAGGAGAACCAGGGAAACCAGGAGAGCCAGGCCAACCAGGAAAGCCAGGCAAACCCGGAAAGCCAGGGAAACCAGGAAAGCCAGGUCAACCAGGAAAGCCAGGACAGCCAGGCGAGCCAGGACAGCCGGGGAAACCAGGAAAGCCAGGACAUCCAGGAAAGCCUGACAAACCGCAUAAGCCACAUCAGCCUCAUAAACCAGGCGGACCAGGGGCACCAGGAGAACCAGGAAAGCCAGGUAAACCAGGGAAACCAGGAAAGCCAGGUCAACCAGGGGAACCAGGAAAGCCCGGGGAACCAGGAAAGCCAGGGAAACCAGGAAAGCCGAGCCAUCCAGGAAAGCCAUGCCAUCCAGGAAAGCCAGAGAAACCGCAUAAACCACAUAAGCCCCAUAAACCAGGAGAACCAGGAGAACCAGGCAAACCAGGAAAGCCAGGCAAACCCGGAAAGCCAGGACAACCAGGAAAGCCUGGGAAACCAGGAAAGCCAGGUCAACCAGGUGAGCCAGGACGGCCCGGGGAACCAGGAAAGCCAGGUAAACCAGGAAAGCCAUGCCACCCAGGAAAGCCUGAGAUACCGCAUAAGCCACAUAAGCCUCAUAAACCAGGAGGACCAGGAGAACCAGGAAAGCCAGGCAAACCAGGAAAGCCAGGGAAGCCAGGAAAGCCAGGUGAGCCAGGACAGCCCGGGGAACCAGGAAAGCCAGGUAAACCAGGAAAACCAGGAAAGCCGGGCCAUCCAGGCAAGCCAGAGAAACCACAUAAGCCACAUAAGCCUCAUCAACCAGGAGAACCAGGGAAACCAGGAGAGCCAGGCCAACCAGGAAAGCCAGGCAAACCCGGAAAGCCAGGGAAACCAGGAAAGCCAGGUCAACCAGGAAAGCCAGGACAGCCAGGCGAGCCAGGACAGCCGGGGAAACCAGGAAAGCCAGGGCAUCCAGGAAAGCCUGACAAACCGCAUAAGCCACAUAAGCCUCAUAAACCAGGAGGACCAGGGGAACCAGGAGAACCAGGAAAGCCAGGCGAACCAGGAAAGCCAGGCAAACCCGGAAAGCCUGGGAAACCAGGAAAGCCAGGCAAGCCAGGCAAGCCAGGCAAGCCAGGCAAGCCAGGAAAGCCAGGUCAGCCAGGAGAGCCAGGACAGCCAGAGAAACCGCAUAAGCCACAUAAGCCUCAUAAACCAAUAGGACCAGGAGAACCCGGGGAACCAGGAAAGCCAGGCGAACCAGGAAAGCCAGGCAAACCCGGAAAGCCUGGGAAACCAGGAAAGCCAGGCAAGCCAGGAAAGCCAGGUCAGCCAGGAGAGCCAGGACAGCCCGGGGAACCAGGGAAGCCAGGUAAACCAGGAAAGCCAGGAAAGCCGGGCCAUCCAGGAAAGCCAGAGAAACCACAUAAGCCACAUAAGCCUCAUCAUCCAGGAGGACCAGGCGAACCAGGGGAACCAGGAGAGCCAGGCAAACCAGGAAAGCCAGGCAAACCCGGAAAGCCUGGGAAACCAGGAAAGCCAGGCAAGCCAGGAAAGCCAGGUCAGCCAGGAGAGCCAGGACAGCCCGGGGAACCAGGGAAGCCAGGUAAACCAGGAAAGCCAUGCCAUCCAGGAAAGCCAGAGAAACCACAUAAGCCACAUAAGCCUCAUAAACCAGGACGACCAGGAGAACCAGGGGAACCAGGAGAGCCAGGCGAACCAGGAAAGCCAGUCAAACCCGGAAAGCCUGGGAAACCAGGAAAGCCAGGCAAGCCAGGAAAGCCAGGUCAGCCAGGAGAGCCAGGACAGCCCGGGGAACCAGGGAAGCCAGGAAAACCAGGAAAACCAGGAAAGCCAGAGAAACCGCAUAAGCCACAUAAGCCUCAUCAUCCAGGAGGACCAGGAGAACCAGGGGAACCAGGAGAGCCAGGCGAACCAGGAAAGCCAGGCAAACCUGGAAAGCCUGGGAAACCAGGAAAGCCAGGCAAGCCAGGAAAGCCAGGUCAGCCAGGAGAGCCAGGACAGCCUGGGGAACCAGGGCAGCCAGGUAAACCGGGAAAACCAGGAAAGCCGGGCCAUCCAGGAAAGCCAGACAAACCGCAUAAGCCACAUAAGCCUCAUCAUCCAGGAGGACCAGGAGAACCAGGGGAACCAGGAGAGCCAGGCGAACCAGGAAAGCCAGGCAAACCCGGAAAGCCUGGGAAACCAGGAAAGCCAGGCAAGCCAGGUCAGCCAGGAGAGCCAGGACAGCCCGGGGAACCAGGGAAGCCAGGUAAACCAGGAAAGCCAUGCCAUCCUGGAAAGCCAGAGAAACCACAUAAGCCACAUAAGCCUCAUAAACCAGGGCGACCAGGAGAACCAGGGGAACCAGGAGAGCCAGGCGAACCAGGAAAGCCAGGCAAACCCGGAAAGCCUGGGAAACCAGGAAAGCCAGGCAAGCCAGGAAAGCCAGGUCAGCCAGGAGAGCCAGGACAGCCCGGGGAACCAGGGAAGCCAGGUAAACCAGGAAAACCAGGAAAGCCUAGCCAUCCAGGAAAGCCAGAGAAACCACAUGAGCCACAUAAGCCUCAUCAUCCAGGAGGACCAGGAGAACCAGGGGAACCAGGAGAGCCAGGCGAACCAGGAAAGCCAGGCCAACCCGGAAAGCCUGGGAAACCAGGAAAGCCAGGCAAGCCAGGUCAGCCAGGAGAGCCAGGACAGCCCGGGGAACCAGGGAAGCCAGGUAAACCAGGAAAACCAGGAAAGCCAGAGAAACCGCAUAAGCCACAUAAGCCUCAUCAUCCAGGAGGACCAGGAGAACCAGGGGAACCAGGAGAGCCAGGCGAACCAGGAAAGCCAGGCAAACCCGGAAAGCCUGGAAAACCAGGAAAGCCAGGCAAGCCAGGAAAGCCAGGUCAGCCAGGAGAGCCAGGACAGCCUGGGGAACCAGGGCAGCCAGGUAAACCGGGAAAACCAGGAAAGCCGGGCCAUCCAGGAAAGCCAGAGAAACCGCAUAAGCCACAUAAGCCUCAUCAUCCAGGAGGACCAGGAGAACCAGGGGAACCAGGAGAGCCAGGCGAACCAGGAAAGCCAGGCAAACCCGGAAAGCCUGGGAAACCAGGAAAGCCAGGCAAGCCAGGAAAGCCAGGUCAGCCAGGAGAGCCAGGACAGCCCGGGGAACCAGGGAAGCCAGGUAAACCAGGAAAACCAGGAAAGCCAGAGAAACCGCAUAAGCCACAUAAGCCUCAUCAUCCAGGAGGACCAGGAGAACCAGGGGAACCAGGAGAGCCAGGCGAACCAGGAAAGCCAGGCAAACCCGGAAAGCCUGGGAAACCAGGAAAGCCAGGCAAGCCAGGAAAGCCAGGUCAGCCAGGAGAGCCAGGACAACCUGGGGAACCAGGGCAGCCAGGUAAACCGGGAAAACCAGGAAAGCCGGGCCAUCCAGGAAAGCCAGAGAAACCGCAUAAGCCACAUAAGCCUCAUCAUCCAGGAGGACCAGGAGAACCAGGGGAACCAGGAGAGCCAGGCGAACCAGGAAAGCCAGGCAAACCCGGAAAGCCUGGGAAACCAGGAAAGCCAGGCAAGCCAGGAAAGCCAGGUCAGCCAGGAGAGCCAGGACAGCCCGGGGAACCAGGGAAGCCAGGUAAACCAGGAAAACCAGGAAAGCCAGAGAAACCGCAUAAGCCACAUAAGCCUCAUCAUCCAGGAGGACCAGGAGAACCAGGGGAACCAGGAGAGCCAGGCGAACCAGGAGAGCCAGGCGAACCAGGAAAGCCAGGCAAACCCGGAAAGCCUGGGAAACCAGGAAAGCCAGGCAAGCCAGGAAAGCCAGGUCAGCCAGGAGAGCCAGGACAGCCCGGGGAACCAGGGAAGCCAGGUAAACCAGGAAAACCAGGAAAGCCAGAGAAACCGCAUAAGCCACAUAAGCCUCAUCAUCCAGGAGGACCAGGAGAACCAGGGGAACCAGGAGAGCCAGGCGAACCAGGAAAGCCAGGCAAACCCGGAAAGCCUGGGAAACCAGGAAAGCCAGGCAAGCCAGGAAAGCCAGGUCAACCAGGAGAGCCAGGACAGCCCGGGGAACCAGGGAAGCCAGGUAAACCAGGAAAGCCAUGCCAUCCAGGAAAGCCAGAGAAACCGCAUAAGCCACAUAAGCCUCAUAAACCAGGACAACCAGGUGAACCAGGCGAACCAGGAGAGCCAGGUGAACCAGGAGAGCCAGGUCAACCAGGAGAGCCAGGGCAACCAGGAGAGCCAGGGAAACCAGGAAAGCCAGGACAUCCAGGAAAGCCUGUGAAACCUCAUAAGCCACAUAAGCCACAUAAGCCUCAUAAGCCACAUAAGCCUCAUAAACCAGGACAACCUGGUGAACCAGGAGAACCAGGAGAGCCAGGCGAACCAGGAGAGCCAGGCGAACCAGGAAAGCCAGGACAUCCAGGAAAGCCUGUGAAACCUCAUAAGCCACAUAAGCCACAUAAGCCUCAUAAGCCACAUAAGCCUCAUAAACCAGGAGGACCAGGUGAACCAGGGGAACCAGGAGAACCAGGCGAACCAGGAGAGCCAGGUGAACCAGGAGAGCCAGGGAAACCAGGAAAGCCAGGGAAACCAGGAAAGCCUGGGAAACCAGGAAAGCCAGGAAAGCCAGGUCAACCAGGAGAGCCAGGACAGCCCGGGGAACCAGGGAAGCCAGGUAAACCAGGAAAGCCAUGCCAUCCAGGAAAGCCAGAGAAACCGCACAAGCCACAUAAGCCUCAUAAGCCUCAUAAACCAGGACAACCAGGUGAACCUGGGGAACCAGGAGAGCCAGGCGAACCAGGAGAGCCAGGUGAACCAGGAGAGCCAGGUCAACCCGGAGAGCCAGGGAAACCAGGAAAGCCAGGACAUCCAGGAAAGCCUGUGAAACCUCAUAAGCCACAUAAGCCACAUAAGCCUCAUAAGCCACAUAAGCCUCAUAAACCAGGACAACCAGGUGAACCAGGAGAACCAGGAGAGCCAGGCGAACCAGGAGAGCCAGGUGAACCAGGAGAGCCAGGGGAACCAGGAAAGCCAGGACAUCCAGGAAAGCCUGUGAAACCUCAUAAGCCACAUAAGCCUCAUAAGCCACAUAAGCCUCAUAAACCAGGACGACCAGGAGAACCAGGGGAACCAGGAGAACCAGGCGAACCAGGAGAGCCCGGUGAACCAGGAGAGCCAGGUCAACCAGGAGAGCCAGGGAAACCAGGAAAGCCAGGACAUCCAGGAAAGCCUGUGAAACCUCAUAAGCCACAUAAGCCUCAUAAGCCACAUAAGCCUCAUAAACCAGGACGACCAGGUGAACCAGGGGAACCAGGAGAACCAGGCGAACCAGGAGAGCCAGGUGAACCAGGAGAGCCAGGUGAACCAGGAGAGCCAGGUCAACCAGGAGAGCCAGGGAAACCAGGAAAGCCAGGACAUCCAGGAAAGCCUGUGAAACCUCAUAAGCCACAUAAGCCUCAUAAGCCACAUAAGCCUCAUAAACCAGGACGACCAGGUGAACCAGGGGAACCAGGAGAACCAGGCGAACCAGGAGAGCCAGGUGAACCAGGAGAGCCAGGUGAACCAGGAGAGCCAGGUCAACCAGGAGAGCCAGGGAAACCAGGAAAGCCAGGACAUCCAGGAAAGCCUGUGAAACCUCAUAAGCCACAUAAGCCUCAUAAGCCACAUAAGCCUCAUAAACCAGGACGACCAGGUGAACCAGGGGAACCAGGAGAACCAGGCGAACCAGGAGAGCCAGGUGAACCAGGAGAGCCAGGUCAACCAGGAGAGCCAGGGAAGCCAGGAAAGCCAGGACAUCCAGGAAAGCCUGUGAAACCUCAUAAGCCACAUAGGCCACAUAAGCCUCAUAAGCCACAUAAGCCUCAUAAACCAGGACGACCAGGUGAACCAGGGGAACCAGGAGAACCAGGCGAACCAGGAGAGCCAGGUGAACCAGGAGAGCCAGGUCAACCAGGAGAGCCAGGGAAACCAGGAAAGCCAGGACAUCCAGGAAAGCCUGUGAAACCUCAUAAGCCACAUAAGCCUCAUAAGCCACAUAAGCCUCAUAAGCCUCAUAAACCAGGAGGACCAGGUGAACCAGGGGAACCAGGAGAACCAGGGGAACCAGGAGAGCCAGGUGAACCAGGAAAACCCGGAAAGCCUGGGAAACCAGGAAAGCCAGGUCAGCCAGGUCAACCAGGAGAGCCAGGAGAGCCAGGGGAGCCAGGACAGCCAGGACAGCCAGGGAAACCAGGAAAGCCAGGACAUCCAGGAAAGCCAGAUAAACCACAUAAGCCACAUAAGCCUCAUAAGCCACAUAAGCCUCAAAAACCAGGAGAACCAGGAGAACCAGGGGAACCAGGAGAGCCAGGUGAACCAGGCGAGCCAGGCAAACCAGGAAAGCCAGGGAAACCAGGGAAACCAGGGAAACCAGGAAAGCCAGGUCAACCAGGUGAGCCAGGACAGCCCGGGGAACCAGGAAAGCCAGGUAAACCAGGAAAGCCAUGCCAUCCAGGAAAACCAGGGAAACCGCAUAAGCCACAUAAGCCUCAUAAACCAGGAGGACCUGGAGCACCAGGGGAACCAGGAGAGCCAGGCGAACCAGGAGAGCCAGGUGAACCAGGGGAGCCAGGCGAACCAGGAAAGCCAGGCAAACCCGGAAAGCCUGGGAAACCAGGAAAGCCAGGUCAACCAGGAGAGCCAGGACAGCCAGGACAGCCAGGAAAACCAGGAAAGCCAUGUCAUCCAGGAAAGCCAGUGAAACCGCAUAAGCCACAUAAGCCCCAUAAACCAGGACGACCAGGAGAACCAGGGGAACCAGGAGAGCCAGGCGAACCAGGAGAGCCAGGCGAACCAGGAGAGCCAGGCAAACCCGGAAAGCCUGGGAAACCAGGAAAGCCAGGCAAGCCAGGAAAGCCCGGUCAACCAGGUGAGCCAGGACAACCCGGGGAACCAGGAAAGCCAGGUAAACCAGGAAAACCAGGAAAAUGGGGAAAGCCAUGGCCUGUAAAGAAACCGCAUAAGCCACAUAAACCAGCAGGACCAGGGGAACCAGGAGAGCCUGGCGAACCAGGAAAGCCAGGCAAACCAGGAAAGCCAGGGAAACCAGGAAAGCCAGGUCAACCAGGAGAGCCAGGACAGCCCGGGGAACCAGGAAAGCCACAGCAACCAGAAAAGCCUCAACAUCCGACGCAACCACAACCACCGAGCUAUAAGCCAGGAGGAACACAUGCACUGGAAACCAGCUUGAAUUUGAAGGUUAUGAUUCUACCCAACGGCAAGACAGGCAAGAAUUGCUAUUGUGUGUGCGAUGCCACUGCCCCCCCGAAAAUGAUACCACUUUCGCACUUGCCCCGCACACUUGAGGUCAUCGAAGCAAACUGAGAAUAAUCCUACGCGAACUAAACGAUUUCAUCCACAAAGCAACACGGAAGGCAUAGCCAUACAGACAUAAUAAUAUUCUAAUCUUCAAAAUCAUUCUGCCAUUUUUUGCGAAGUACACAAAUCGCAGCUAAACGUAACUACUUGAGUAAAAACAAAAAUGUUACAGCGCAUACAUUUAAAUCACCAAAUCCUGCACACUUAAUGUGAGUAUGCCCAAUUUGUAUGUCCAAUUCGCCAGCGGGGGAAAUUGUGUACGCCUAGGCCUACUUACCCCCUCCUGGCUGCGUUGGCCGUGUUGCUCUACGAUUUUAUUCAUUAUAUCUUAUGUUAAUCAUGUUGUAUUUCUAUGAAUAAAUUAUAGCAUUAUUAAAGUUGUUUGUUUUAAUUGUUUACCAUUGAUUGGUACUCCGAUCUCAUUUUGAAUAAAUUAACUUCUAGUGAAGUAGUGGUAAAUA